GUUCGCAAUCUGAUUGCUUGUGUGCAUGCGCAGUUCGUGGCGCUACGAUACGUGCGUAAACUAACUUUUAUUGAGUAGGUACUGUGGUUUUGUGAGAAACUUGUGGACACGGUGCUUCCUGGAUUGAACGCAGAUAUCCAGAUACUGCGGUAAUGGCACACCGGUCGCCUAGCCGUAAGCUGUGCGUAGUUACCGUGUGAAGUGCGCUCAGUGUGUACCGUGCGCUGCGUGCGUGCCGUGCGUGCCGUGUGCGGCGUGUUGUGCGUGAAGCGUGCACCGUGCGCGAUGUGCGCGUGGAGAUUGCUGCUGCUGGCGGCGCUGCCGGCUCUCGUUGGUGUAGGUGCCGGCGAGGUGGUGGAAGCAGGGCCUGCUUUCUUACCGACGAGAAGAUCACUCAAUGUAGCACCUGGCGAAGAAGCGGUGCUGUCGUGCCGUAUCGCGCGUCUCGGAGACAAGGCGGUCUCAUGGGUGCGGGCAAGGGAUCUCCAGAUCCUCGCCCACGAUGGUGCUGUCUUCUCAGCAGACCCUCGGGUUGCGGUUGGAGUGCGGACGGAGCGCGGAGUCGUGACGCAUACGCUGCGUCUUGCGCGUCUGAGGGAGUCUGAUGGGGGCCGGUAUGAGUGCCAGCUCAAUACGGAUCCUAAGCUCAGUCAGAUUUACAAUCUCACUGUCACAGACCGAGCAUGGCGCAGCAUCGAAGUAGAACCACUAGGCCCAACCCGAAUCCUAGCAGCAACGGGGAGCACAGCCACUCUCGGCUGUUCAGCGCGGUUGCGACCAGCUGAGGCACCUGAUCCGCCUUCUUUGAGAGUGGUUUGGUACCAAGAUGGACAGCCAUUACUACCUCAGGGCGGAGUGUCCUUGGAUACGGAGCGCGCUCCAGGCCUCGUGACGUCACGGCUCACACUCGGAGGCCUCAUGCCGAUCCACAGCGGUCGGUACUUCUGUCGGGUCACAGCGGACCUGGAGGAAGACACAGACCCGUUCACAGAGGACGUUAUGAAGGGAGAGAUGGUGUUUACACUUGUUGUUACAGACAGUGUGGGUGAAAUGGAAGCGAUGCAACGAGACCAAUCACCAGCGCCGUCCACUGCAGCCGUCCUUCACUCUGUAUCAGCUGUUGCAGCUCUUUCAGUAUUCUUUGUACUGACAAUGUGCUGUUAGUCUUCGAAGCAUCGACUACGAUGGCCGAUAUCAACUAGUGAUCGAGCGGCGGUCCCAUAUUUUGUCACUUCAAAGUGAUAAUCAUAGGAAGACUCUUGAGUGGAAGUUUGGUUUAAUGGUUGAAACAUAUGGAGCAGCUGAAAGUGAAAGAGAAGAGGCAUGAAAACAUUUACUUUGGCAGACACGUCGCACAAUAGAUUGUGAGAUCAAGUUGAGAGUAGCUAACAACUAUAGUUGGGUUGGACCCCUAGUAACGAGUCUCAGUACUGCUCGGAAUAUUUCGGUUAAAAAUGAAAGUUAUACGAUCAUCAUCAUCAAUAAACGACCCGUAGACAAUCAGUGCACGAAACAGGACUAAUCUGGUGAACAGUUAAUCUUUAUGAUGAGCACAGUGCAAAAUUACGAAUAUUAAGGUGAAGUGAUGUAAUAGAUUACAUAAUGGGACCGAUUCCGUGAAUAUAAGUCAUUGGAUGCUUUAAUUUAAUUGAUAAUUAAUUAGAUACUUCAUUAAAUACUAGAUAGAUAAAAAUGAAAAAGCUGAAGAGAUUCCUAAAGCUUCUGUGGUAAAAUGACUAAAAUCGGAUAAAUCUUCAGUCGGCCCGACUCGACUAUAAUCGGUUAUAAUAGAGUUGAUCCAUCCAUUUUGAUUCCAAUUCCAAUCCUUUGUGGUAUAUUUCUACUGAUCUGUUAAUAUUUUCUUAGGCAAUCCAUGCUUUGUGAAUCACUGUAACCUACAUUAUUUAAACUAUUAGCCAGAUUCCCGAGCUCACGAGGCUCAACUUGUAAAUAUUGUAAAUAGCAAAAUAAAUGAAUAC